CGAGUUAUCAUUGAAAACGCUUAUAACUUACGACACAUACAUUCCGAUGCAUUUACCGGCACUGCGCUCGACAUCCAAGUGCUCGCAAUCCGUAACACACCUCUACACGAAGGCCCGCAUAAUGACCUAUUCGUGGCGUUAAACAUGUUGAAACACGUGCGCGAAAUAUACUUAACCAACACUAGUAUUUACGUCAUACCGAUCAAUGCGUUCGUGUCCCUGGUCAAUUUACAAGAAUUACAUAUCAAUUAUGGUCAGGUGAGAAGUAUUGAAAGCAUGGCGUUCCGUGAUUUGCCCAUGCUCUUUCAAUUACUGUUGACAGGCAAUAGGAUAGCCAGCGUCGGUGACCUGGCAUUUGACCUUAAGUCAAGCGGACAAUUAGACAACCAAGUAUAUAUUGAUUUAAGUUACAAUUAUCUCAACGACCGGUCUUUUACGGGUAACCCGUAUUCUGUGGCACCGGUCACCAAAGAAGCCCUGGUCAUAUCUCUCAAUCACAAUCACGUGACUCUUAAUUAUUUAAUCAAGAAUUAA